CAUUCGCGCGGGCAUUUUGACAUUUAUCAACCGAUCAUAACCUGUUUAGUGUUUUUUUCUUUAAAACUGUUAAUUUUACCAAUAUUAAUAAUUAUAUCGAAGCAAAUAUAUAAUCUUAUUAGUGCUGUUAAGCGUAGAAAUCUUGUGUAAUUAAGUUUGAAUACAAUGAGUUCACCAACACCAGACACACCAUCUGAGAGAGAUGGUGCUCGGUCCAGGAUGACUUCACCUGCAAGAGAUUAUGAGAUGUUUGAGGAUGAGAGUGCUAUACUGGGUGAUAAUGCCAAUGAAGAAGAGGAAGAUGAUGGGGAGGAAUUAUUUAAUGAUAAUAUGGAAGCUGAUUAUCGCCCUAUGCCAGCAUUGGAUCGCUAUGACAACGAAGAUCUAGAUGAUGAGGACUAUGAUGCUAUGGCUAUUGAAGAUCGUGUAGCAGCUGAGCAGGAACUCAGACAACGCGACCGAGAAGAGGGCAAGAGAAGAGAUGAUCGUGGUUUACUUUAUGAUGAGUCAGACGAGGAGAGUGCAGAUGCACCGCGAGCAAAACGUCGCCGGGCAGCUGAGAAAGCAGCCAUGGGUGCAGAGGAACAAGUGGAAGAGGGCAUCGAAAGUAUUGAGAACUUGGAAGAUACAAAAGGUUACACAACUAAGGAGUGGGUCUCUAUGUUAGGACCAAGGACUGAAAUUGCUAACAGAUUUAAGAAUUUUCUGCGCACAUUCACCAACAGUAAAGGGCAAUAUGUGUACAAAGACCGCAUACGACGAAUGUGCGAACAUAAUCAAGCAUCUUUCCAUGUAGAAUUCGAUGUCCUCGCGCGCCGGGAACAAGUCCUCGCCUAUUUCUUACCUGAAGCACCGUUUCAAAUGCUGCAGAUAUUUGAUGAGGUAGCCAAGGAGAUUGUUCUACAAAUAUUCCCAAGUUACGAACGAGUGACCUCAGAGAUUCACGUCAGGAUAUCUGACCUGCCCCUCAUAGAGGAAUUGAGAACGUUCAGAAAAUUACAUUUAAAUCAAUUAGUGAGAACUGUUGGUGUAAUCACGGCGACGACUGGAGUGCUACCCCAGUUGUCUGUUGUUAAAUAUGACUGUAACAGAUGCGGUUAUAUUUUGGGGCCGUUUGUACAGUCUCAGAACUCAGAGGUGAAGCCUGGCUCUUGUCCGGAGUGUCAAAGUGCUGGACCAUUUAUGGUGAACAUGGAACAAACAGUAUACCGCAACUACCAGAAAGUGACUAUCCAAGAGUCCCCCGGACGCAUUCCCGCUGGUCGCAUACCCCGCAGCAAAGACUGUAUCCUAUUAGCAGAUCUGUGUGACCGUUGCAAACCAGGAGAUGAAGUCGAUUUGACUGGCAUAUAUACUAAUAAUUAUGAUGGUUCACUUAAUACUGAGCAGGGCUUUCCAGUUUUUGCGACUGUGAUAAUAGCAAACUACAUUGUAGUAAAAGACUGCAAGCACAUAGUUGAAUCGCUCACUGACGAAGAUGUGGCUACGAUAGUGAAGCUGUCCAAAGAUCCUCAGAUUGGUGAGAGGAUCGUGCAGAGUAUAGCGCCAUCUAUUUAUGGUCAUGAUUAUAUAAAGAGAGGACUAGCUUUGUCAUUGUUCGGUGGAGAAUCAAAAAAUCCAGGUGAAAAACACAAAAUUAGAGGAGAUAUCAAUGUCCUUAUCUGCGGUGAUCCCGGCACUGCUAAAUCUCAAUUUUUAAAAUACACAGAAAAGAUUGCGCCCAGAGCAAUAUUCACCACUGGUCAGGGCGCGAGUGCUGUCGGUCUCACAGCUUACGUAAGAAAAAAUCCUACCACCAGAGAUUGGACUCUAGAAGCGGGCGCCCUGGUGUUAGCUGAUCGCGGAGUUUGCUUGAUCGAUGAGUUCGAUAAAAUGAACGACCAAGAUCGCACCUCCAUACAUGAGGCAAUGGAACAACAGUCUAUUUCUAUAUCCAAAGCGGGUAUUGUGACCUCUCUACAUGCUAGAUGUUCAAUAAUAGCGGCGGCCAACCCUAUCGGCGGUCGCUACGACGCGUCGUUGACGUUCACAGAAAAUGUGAAUCUAUCUGAGCCGAUCCUGUCCCGUUUCGACGUACUCUGCGUUGUGAGAGACGAGGCGGACCCUAUGCAAGACGCACAUUUGGCCAAGUUUGUUGUAAGCUCACAUAUUAAGCACCACCCAACGCAGCGCGGCGCUGCCCUGGAGGACACCACCGGACCGGACCCCGAUUUCUUAUUACCCCAAGACCUACUCAAAAAGUACAUUGUUUACGCAAGAGAGAAUGUGCAUCCGAAACUACAGAAUAUGGAUCAAGAUAAAGUGGCCAAAAUGUACAGCCAGCUGAGACAAGAAUCAUUGGCUACCGGCAGUUUACCAAUUACCGUCAGACAUAUUGAAUCUGUGAUUCGAAUGAGUGAGGCUCACGCUCGAAUGCACCUGCGCGCGGCCGUGUCGGAGGCAGACGUGAACAUGGCCAUACGUACCAUGCUCGAGAGCUUCGUCGAAACACAGAAGUACAGCGUCAUGCGUGCCAUGCGACAGACAUUCCAGAAAUAUUUAUCAUACAAAAAGGAUCACAGCGAACUUUUAUAUUACAUCUUGCGCCAAUUGACUAUGGACCAGCUGGCCUACAUGCGAGGUUUACACAACCACUCGCAGUCCACAAUUGAAAUCUCAGAACGUGAUCUGAUGGAGCGCGCCAGGCAAAUAAACAUAACGGACCUCAAACCAUUCUAUGACAGUAGAAUAUUCAAAAUCAACAGUUUCUCAUAUGAUCAGAAAAGAAAGAUGAUAAUUCACACAUUACCAGAAACUCCAACUGUGUCCUAGAUGUUUCGGAUCAGAUAAAAUAUUUUCUCGUAUAUCAUAAGCUACAAUAAUUAAUCACUAAAAUCUAUUUUAAUAAAUGGGACCAUAUGUCUUAUCCUAUCACAACUAUUGUAUAACUUGUAUGAGGUUGACAUUGAAAUCUUUGGUAUUAAAAGCAAGCCAGCCAUUUACUAAAACGAAUUAUAGCACGUUUCUUUUAUAAACAUUAUAUUUUUUCAAAGUAAGACUACUUCAUAGUAUAUCACGAUAUUUGUGUUAUAAUGCUAGAAAUAUAGUAAGAAUUUAAUUACAAACAAGAUCACAGGAGUAUGGUAUUAAUACCCCAGUAUCAAGUACUUGUACGAUAACUACAGAAUCCUAUCUUGCCAUAUACCCAUACCCUAUCCUAUCCUCUAAUAAGAAAACCCCAUCCACCCUUCAAACUCUCAAAUUCAUUACAACUAUGUAAUUUUUGUUACAUAUAUUGUUUCUCAUAGUAGAACUUCGAUAUAUCAAUUGUUAAUUACAUAUAGAUAAUAGUUUGUAAGAGGUUUUUCGCACUAACGGUCGUGCGUGAGAGGAUUGUUAUUCCCGCCAACUACUGUUCCAGAACACUAGAAGGCGACUUACAUUGCUACAAGCAUCUCAUUAUAUAUGUAUAGCUCGUUUUUCUUUAUUGUAAGAGUACAAAUUGAUUAAAUAAUUUAUAAUGACAACUACACAUAUCCACUAAAUAUGAUAUAAGGAUAGAAGGAUACAAAACUCAAUGCCAGUGUAUUUUAUAAAAAUUAUAUAAUAUGACCCACCAAUAUUUUCUUUUUUUUUAUGUAGAUAAUUAAGUGAUUUAUUUGAAUCUAUAUUUUUAAGUUUUUUAUUCGUCUUUAUGUAUUGUAUUGGUUAUUAUUAGUAUUACUAUAAUCAGUUAAUGUUAAAAAUUGCAUGAAAAAUAUUUUCUUUUAGAUUUUGGUUACUGAUUAAUAUAAGAAUAAUUUUUUAUACUUUGUAUAAUUAAUUGACAAUUUUGAUGUCUUUGUUGAAAUAACAGUACGUAAAUUAAGCAGAUAUCUUCAGUAAAAAUUGUAUAAUAUUUUUUGUGUCUUUUGUGAGUAAAUAUUAUUAUUAUAAUGGAAUUUGAAAAUACUCCCGAACUAUUUUUGUUAAUGGUGUCCAUAUGGAGUAAUUCAUAAUUGAUGAUUUUUUAAUAAUAUUUAAAUUCUGUUUCAAUAGUUUUAAAAAAUCUUCUGUAUUCUAAAAAUCUCAAGAAUGAAAUUUAAAUAUUGUAAGUACAAUUCCAUAUUUUGACAUCACAUCGAGUUUAUUAUUACUUUUGGCUACACUGAUAUAAUUCUUA